AUGCUUCUAUCAACAUUCCUUUCGGUGUCGACCCUGGCUGGCCUGGCGGCGGCCUCACCACCUUUCUUUCGAAGGAACCCACCACCUGCUGAGGCAGUUUGCGAGCCCGUCACCGAAACAGUACACCUACCCGCCGAGACAGUCCACGAGACCGAGACAGUGCAUCUACCUGCAGAGACAGUCCAUGUAACGGAGACGGUACAUCUACCUGCCGAGACGGUCCACGAGACGGUUCAUGUGACCGUUACAGAACAUGCGGUAGUAACAGAGACCCAACAUGCCGUGGUAACAGAGAUCCAACAUGCCACCGUCACAGAGGUCCAGCAUGUCACCGUCCCUGUCGAGCAUUUAGUUACCUCAGUCGUCGAAGUCGAGGUCGAGAAGCCUGUCACAGUCGUCGAGACAGUCCACCAGACCAUUGAGCAACCCGUAACAUUGAUCCACACUUCAGUGGUCGAGGUUGAGAAGGAGGUCAAGGUCACUGAGACUUCCGUCGUUCACCAAACAAUCGAGCAGCCCGUCACUGUUGUCGAGACUGUCCACCAGACUGUUGAACAGCCCGUGACACUCAUUCAUACUUCAGUCGUCGAGGUUGAGAAGCAAGUUAUGGUUACCGAAACCUCAGUCGUUCAUCAGACCGUCGAGCUGCCCGUCACUCUCGUCCACACCGCUGUUGUUGAGGUCGAUAGACCCGUUACAGUUAUCGAAACUUCCGUCCACGAGGUUGAGAGACCCGUUACCGUUGUCCAUACAUCCGUCGUGGAGAACGUUGUCGUCCAUACUUCUGUCGUUGAGGUACCAGUCGAGAAGCCAGUUGAGGUGCCCGUCACAUUGAUUCACACUCAAAUUAUGGAGGUGCCUGUCGAGAAGCAAGUCGAAGUACCCGUCACAGUCGUCCAUACUUCUGUCGUUGAGGUGCCAGUCGAAAAGCCAGUCGAAGUCCCUGUCACACUGGUUCACACCGUCGAGGUCCCCGUCCAAGUCGUCCACACUCAGACCGUUGAGCAGCCAGUUGAGGUUAUCCACACGGUUGAAGUCGAGAAGCCCGUUGAGGUUGUUCACACUGUCGAGGUCGAGAAGCCUGUCCAUGUUACUGUCAUCCAUACAGUCACCGAGCAGGCUCCUCCUGCUCAUGUUGUUGCACCCCCUACACACCCUGCAGUCGUCGAGCCGCCAGUUGAGCAUACCGUCGUUGCUCCUCCCGCCGAGCAUACCGUUGUUGUGCCUCCUGCCGAGCAUACUGCCGUUGCUCCUCCAGCCGAGCAUACCGUUGUUGUGCCUCCUGCCGAGCAUACUGUCGUUGCUCCUCCCGCCGAGCAUCCCGUUCAACCACCUGCCGAACACCCUGUGGUAGAGGAGCCAGCUACUAUCACCACAGCCAUAACACCAAUGCAACCUGCUCAUGAGACGGCCAUUGCCGAAGCGCCAGUUGCUACCGAGCACCCCGUUGUUGCGCCUCCCGCUGAACACCCGGCUCAACCACCUGCUGAGCACCCCGUUGUCGAGGAACCUGCAGCAGCGCCUCCCACCAUGGCUCAACAUCCUACCGCACCCACUCACGAAGCACCAGCAGCUGAAGUCCCUGCUGCGGAGCACCCAACAGCACCCGAGCACACCGUUAUGGAAGAGCAUAGCGGGGAGAUGGCCAUCGGGGAGGCGAUGAAGCAUCCUCCAUCGUCCAAGUACUCAGCUGUACCAGAGCCGGUCGCCGAGGCGCCUCCUCACCCCGCAGCUAAUGAUAUCCCGGUUCUUCUGCCUUCAGGCGGAGUUUCGGGAAAGAAUGCAACAGUCGCGCCAACAUAUCCUGGGCGCAGGGCGGUUGUUCGCAGGUGGUAG